ACCAGUGAAAGAAUUCAAGAUGCCACCUAGCAUAAACUGGAAAGAAUUAAUCAAAAUUGAUCCAGAUGACCUACCACGCCAAGAAGAGCUGGCAGAUAAUUUAUUGGUUUCCUUAUCCAAGGUAGAAGUCAAUGAACUAAAAGAUGAACAUCAGGAAAAUGUGAUACAUCUGUUCAGAAUUACUCAGUCACUAAUGAAGAUGAAAGCCCAGGAAGUAGAGCUGGCGUUGGAAGAAGUAGAAAAGGCUGGAGAAGAACAAGCAAAAUUUGAAAAUCAAUUAAAGACCAAAGUAAUGAAACUGGAAAAUGAACUGGAGAUGGCUCAACAGUCUGCAGGCGGCCGUGAUACUCGGUUUUUACGUGAUGAGAUUCGCCAGCUUGAAAAGCAAUUGGAACAAAAAGAUAGAGAAUUAGAGGAUAUGGAAAAAGAGUUGGAUAAAGAAAAGAAAGUUAAUGAGCAAUUGGCUCUUCGAAAUGAGGAGGCAGAAAACGAAAACAGCAAACUAAGAAGAGAGAACGAACAGCUUCGUCAGGACAUUGUUGACUACCAGAAGCAAAUAGACUCACAAAAAGAAUCACUUCUGUCAAGGAGAGGAGAAGACAGCGACUACCGAUCACAGUUGUCUAAAAAGAACUAUGAACUUGUUCAAUAUCUGGAUGAAAUUCAGACCUUAACAGAAGCUAAUGAGAAAAUUGAAGUUCAGAACCAAGAAAUGAGAAAAAAUCUAGAAGAGUCUGUACAGGAAAUGGAGAAGAUGACUGAUGAAUAUAACAGGAUGAAGGCUGUUGUGCAUCAGACAGAUACUGUUAUGGACCAUAAAAAAGAGAAUGAGCAUUAUCGACUUCAAGUACGAGAGCUCACAGAUCUUCUGAAAGCAAAAGAUGAAGAGGAUGACCCAGUCAUGAUGGCUGUCAGUGCAAAAGUGGAAGAAUGGAAGUUAAUUUUGUCUUCUAAAGAUGAUGAAAUCAUUGAAUAUCAGCAAAUGUUACAUGAUCUGAGAGAGAAACUUAAAAAUGUGCAACUUGAUGCUGAUAAAAGUAACAUUAUGGCUCUGAAACAGGGCAUCCAGGAACGAGAUAGUCAAAUUAAGAUGCUUACUGAACAAGUAGAACAGUACACGAAAGAAAUGGAAAAAAACACUUUUAUUAUUGAAGAUUUGAAAAAUGAGCUCAAGAAAGACAAAGGUUCUACAGACUUUCAUCACCAGACUCAUUAUAUGAAAAUUCACUCCAAAGUACAACUUUUAGAAGAGAAAACAAAAGAGGCCGAGAGGACAGCUGAACUGGCCGAGGCCGAUGCCAGGGAGAAGGAUAAAGAGCUGGUAGAGGCCCUGAAGAGAUUAAAAGAUUAUGAGUCUGGUGUGUAUGGCUUAGAAGAUGCCGUUAUUGAAAUAAAGAAUUGUAAAGCCCAAAUUAAAAUAAGAGACGGAGAGAUUGAAGUAUUGACCAAAGAAAUCAAUAAACUUGAGAUGAAGAUCAAUGAUGUUCUUGAUGAAAAUGAAGCCCUUAGAGAGCGUGCUGGCCUUGAACCAAAGACAAUGAUUGAUUUAAGUGAAUUUAGAAGCAGUAAACGCUUAAAACAGCAGCAGUACAGAGCUGAAAACCAGAUUCUUCUGAAAGAGGCAAGUGCCCUGGAGGAAGAACGACUUGAUUUGAAAAGAAAAAUUCGUCAAAUGGCUCAAGAAAGAGAAAGAAAUGCGGCUUCAGGAUUAACGGUUGAGGACUUGAACCUAACUGAAAACUUUUCUCAGGAAAAUAAAAUGGGAGAAAGAUACCUAAAUUUUAUGAGCCUCAAAAGUAUGAAUGAAACACAAUCAAAGAUUAAGAGUCCAGCUAAAAUAGAGCUGCUUCAUAGGAAACCAUCAUUCAGUAUUCUGCAAUCAGAUCAGAAUGAGACAGAGGAAAAUAUGAGUGUACGAUCAUUAUCAAGAACGCUGUCUGGAAUUCAUCAUAGUGUAGAAACUGCAGUGGAUCCUGUUUUCUCUCUAACUAGAUGGUCCUCAUUUAUGCAAGUAAAAGAUGAUGAAACAACUCCAGGAACCAUUACAAUAAGGGAGAUUUUUAAAGCACCAUGUCUACAAUCUUUGAAAGAUCAAGAAUCGUUAGUCAGUACCUUCCGUAAGGGGAGCAAUGAAGAAAUGAGUGAUAUGCUAUGCUCUCUUUCUGAUGAGUGUGUGAAGAAAGUGUCAGGGAGCCAUCAAGCUCUAGAGAAAACCAGAUUCUUACAGAAAAGCAGUUCAUCAGUUCAAGCAUCACCAACAGCUUCAGAACUAAUGCAGAUCUUAUCACGUAGGCAAAAGUCUGCAGUAUUUUGUCAACAACCGUAUGACCACGAUAUUGAUAAAGUAACAUCAGCAGAUGAACAGGUCCAUUCUCAAAUAAAGUGUGCUGAUAAAAGACAGAGUGAGUCACCCUCACAAACUGAGAUGUUGAGAAGUGUGAUCGAAGCCAAUCUUCCAGAUCCUGUGCCUGUAACUGCACAGUCCAAAUUAUCUCAGAUAGAUCCCCUUGAAAAUCUUACAGAACAGCUACAGAGAGAGAUAGUAUUCCUUAGAUCGCAGCACGAAAACAUAGCACAGGAUUUAUCGAUCCAAGAAGAGCAGAGUAGACAUGCAGAAAUAAAGCUUGACCGUCAGAGAAGCCAGGCAGAACAGAAUGAAUUUCUUUCAAGAGAACUAAUUGAAAAGGAAAGAGAUUUAGAAAGAAGCAGGGCAGUGAUUGCUAAAUUUCAGAGUAAAUUAAAAGAAUUAGUUGAAGAAAAUAAGCAACUUGAAGAAGGUAUGAAGGAAAUUUUGCAAGCUAUUAAGGACAUGCAGACAGAUCCUGAUGUGAAAGGAAAUGAAACAUCUCUCAUUAUCCCGAGUCUUGAAAGACUGGUUAACGCGAUAGAAUCGAAGAAUGCAGAAGGAAUCUUUGAUGCCAGUUUGCAUUUGAAAGCCCAAGUUGACCAACUUACGGGAAGGAAUGAAGAAUUAAGGCAAGAACUCAGGGAAUCUCGGAAAGAGGCUAUAAAUUAUUCACAGCAGUUGGUAAAAGCAAACUUAAAGAUUGAUCAUCUUGAGAAAGAAACUCAUCUCCUACGUCAGUCUGCAGGGUCCAGUGUAGUUUACAAAGGUGUAGACUUGCCUGACGGAAUAGCGCCAUCUAGUGCCCACAUCAUCAAUUCCCAGAAUGAAUAUUUAAUACAUCUUUUGCAGGAACUAGACAAUAAAGAAAAGAAGUUAAAGCAUGUAGAAGAGUCUCUUGAAGAUUAUAACAGAAAGUUUGCAGUAAUUCGUCAUCAACAAAGUUUAUUAUAUAAGGAAUAUCUAAGUGAAAAGGAGACUUGGAAAACAGAAUCUGAGACAAUAAAAGAGGAGAAGAGAAAACUUGAGGAUCAAGCCCAGCAGGAUGCUGUGAAAGUAAAAGAGUAUAAUAAUUUGCUCAGUGCUCUUCAGAUGGAUUCAAAUGAAAUGAAGAAAAUGCUUUCAGAAGCCAGCAGGAAAAUCACUGUUUUGCAAGUGAAUGAAAAGUCCCUCAUAAGGCAGUAUACCACCUUAGUGGAAAUGGAGAGGCAGCUCAGAAAAGAAAAUGGGAAGCACAAGAAUGAGUUAAUAUCAAUGGAAGGGGUUACUGAAAAAAUCGGAAGUUUGCAAAGAUUUAAGGAAAUGGCUACCUUCAAAAUUGCAGCUCUCCAGAAAGUUGUAGAUAAUAGUGUUUCUUUGUCUGAACUAGAACUAGCCAAUAGACAAUACAAUGAACUAACUACUAAGUACAGGGACAUAUUACAGAAAGAUAACAUGCUUGUUCAAAGAACAAGUAACUUAGAACACCUAGAGUGUGAAAAUGCAUCUUUAAAAGAACAAAUGGAUGUUAUAAGUAAAGAACUAGAGAUUACAAAGGAAAAACUCCAUACCAUUGAACAAGCCUGGGAACAAGAAACUAAAUUAGGAAACGAAUCAAACAUGGAUAAGGCAAGGAAAUCAAUGACAAAUAGUGACAUUGUUUCUAUUUCAAAAAAAAUCACUGUGUUGGAGAUGAAGGAAUUAAAUGAAAGGCAGAGGGCUGAACACUGUCAGAAAAUGUAUGAACACGUAAGGACUUCAUUAAAACACAUGGAAGAACGUAAUUUUGAAUUGGAAACCAAAUUCACUGAGCUUACCAAAAUCAACCUGGAUGCCCAGAAGGUGGAGCAGAUGUUGAGGGAUGAGUUAGCUGACAGUGUGAACAAGGCAGUGAGUGAUGCUGACAGACAGCGGAUUCUAGAGUUAGAGAAGAGUGAAGUGGAGCUCAGAGUCGAAGUGUCUAAACUGAGAGAGAUUUCUGAUAUUGCCAAAAGACAAGUCGAUUUUUUGAACUCGCAACAACAGUCCAGGGAAAAGGAAGUGGAGUCCCUCAGAAAGCAGCUGCUGGACUACCAGGCACAAUCUGAUGAAAAGGCACUAAUUGCCAAGCUGCACCAACAUGUUGUCUCUCUUCAAAUUAGUGAGGCCACUGCUCUUGGUAAGUUGGAGUCAGUUACAUCUAAACUGCAGAAGAUGGAGGCCUACAGUUUGCGCCUAGAGCAGAAACUGGACGAAAAAGAGCAGACUCUGUACUAUGCCCGCCUGGAAGGCCGAAACAGAGCAAAGCACCUACGCCAAACUAUUCAGGCUCUGCGAAGACAGUUCAGUGGCGCCUUACCCUUGGCCCAGCAGGAAAAGUUCUCCAAAACAAUGAUUCAGCUGCAAAACGACAAACUUAAGAUUAUGCAAGAAAUGAAAAACUCUCAACAAGAGCACAGAAAUAUGGAAAACAAAACACUGGAGAUGGAAUUAAAAUUAAAAGGCUUAGAAGAGUUGAUAAGCACCUUAAAGGACGCUAGGGGGCCCAAAAGUAUCUACAUCGUUGUAGACAAGGGAAAGAAUUCUAUUUUUCAGAGCAGUACCGAUGUAAUCAACUGGCAUGUGAAAAUAGAAGAACUCCGCCUUCAGGAACUUAAGCUAAAUCGAGAACUAGUGAAGGGUAAAGAAGAAAUCAAGUACUUGAAUAAUAUCAUCUCUGAAUAUGAGCAAACAAUCAGCAGUCUCGAGGAAGAAAUUGUUCAGCAGAACAAGUUUCACGAAGAAAGACAAAUGGCUUGGGAUCAAAGAGAAGUUGAGCUAGAACGCCAACUAGACAUUUUUGACCGUCAGCAAAAUGAAAUACUCAGUGCAGCGCAAAAGUUUGAAGAGGCUACAGGAUCAAUGCCAGACCCCAGCUUGCCUCUUCCAAACCAACUUGAAAUUGCUCUACAAAAAAUUAAGGAGAAUAUUCGAACAAUUCUUAAAACACAAGCCACUUGCAAGUCACUAGAAGAGAAACUAAAAGAAAAAGAAUCUGCAUUGCGGUCGGCAGAGCAAAACGUCCUGUCAAGAGACAAAGUAAUCAAUGAACUGAGGCUUCGAUUGCCUGCCACAGCGGAUCGAGAGAAACUUCUAGCUGAGCUAGACAGAAAAGAGCUGGAACCCAAAUCUCACCACACAAUGAAAAUCGCCCAUCAAACCAUUGCUAACAUGCAGGCCAGGUUAAAUCAAAAGGAAGAAGUACUAAAGAAAUACCAGCAUCUUCUGGAAAAGGCCAGAGAGGAGCAAAGAGAAAUUGUUAAGAAGCAUGAGGAAGACCUCCAGGCUCUUCAUCACAAACUAGAACUACAGGCUGAUAGCUCACUCAAUAAAUUCAAGCAGACAGCCCAGGACUUAAUAAAACAGUCUCCUGUCCCAGUGCCUACCAACAAGCAUUUCAUUCGUCUGGCCGAGAUGGAGCAGGCAGUGGCAGAACAAGAUGACUCUCUGGCCUCACUUCUGACCACACUGAAGAAAGUAUCCAGAGAUUUGGAAAGACAAAAAGAAAUCACUGAGUUAAAAGUCAGAGAAUUUGAAAGUAUCAAGUUACGGCUCCAGGAAAACCAUUCAGGGGAGGUAAAGAAAGUAAAGGCAGAAGUGGAGGACUUAAGGCAUGCUCUCGUCCACGCACAGAAGGAGUCUCAGAGUUUGAAGUCUGAGCUCCAGGCUCAGAAAGAAGCCAACUCAAGAGCUCCGACGACCACAAUGAGGAAUCUGGUGGACAGGCUAAAGAGCCAACUGGCCCUGAAAGAGAAGCAGCAAAAGGCACUUAGUCGAGCUCUGUUGGAACUCCGGGCAGAAAUGACAGCAGCGGCUGAAGAACGUAUUAUUGCGGUAACUUCUCAAAGAGAGGCAAAUCUCAAUGUCCAACAAGUUAUUGAUCGACAUACCAGAGAGCUAAAGUCACAAAUUGAAGAUUUAAAUGAAAAUCUUUUAAAAUUGAAAGAAGCUCUUAAAACAAGUAAAAACAAAGAAAAUUCUCUAGCUGAUGACUUAAAUGAUUUAAAUAAUCAACUGCAAAAAAAGCAAAAAGCUUAUAAUAAAAUCCUUAGAGAGAAAGAUGGGAUUGAUCAAGAAAAUGAAGAACUGAGAAGACAGAUUAAAAGACUGUCCAGUGGACUACAGAACAAACCUCUGCUAGAUAAUAAGCAAAGUUUAAUUGAUGAACUUCAAAAGAAAGUUAAAAAACUUGAAAGCCAACUGGAAAGAAAGGUGGACGACAUAGACAUAAAACCUGUGAAGGAAAAGAGUGCUAGAGAAGAAUUAAUUAGGUGGGAAGAAGGGAAAAAGUGGCAAACCAAAGUAGAGGGAAUGCGGAGCAAAUUAAAAGAGAAAGAAGCGGAAGUCCACAGUCUGACGAAGCAACUGAAUACUUUAAAGGAGCUUUUUGCCAAAGCUGAUAAAGAGAAACUUACAUUGCAGAAGAAACUGAAAACAACCGGCAUGACUGUGGAUCAGGUGUUAGGGGUGCGAGCUUUGGAGUCAGAGAAAGAGUUGGAAGAGUUAAAAAAGCGGAAUCUGGACUUAGAAAAUGACAUACUAUACAUGAGGACCCACCAAGCUCUUCCAAGAGAUUCUGUUGUGGAAGACUUACAUUUACAAAAUAGAUACCUUCAAGAGAAACUUCGUACUUUAGAAAAACAACUUUCAAAGGAUGCCUAUUCCCAGUCUUUGACUUCAGAAAUAGAGUCAGAUGAUCAUUGUCAAAAAGAAGGAGAACUUCAAAGGGAAAACUUGAAGCUGUCAUCUGAAAAUAUUGAGCUGAAAUUUCAACUUGAACAAGCAAAUAAAGAUUUGCCAAGACUAAAGAAUCAAGUAAGAGAUUUGAAGGAAAUGUGUGAAUUUCUUAAGAAAGGAAAAAUGGAAGUUGAACGGAAACUUGGUCAGGUCAGAGGGUCCGGUAGAAGUGGAAAGACAAUCCCAGAGCUAGAAAAAACUAUUGGGUUAAUGAAGAAAGUAGUUGAAAAAGUCCAAAGAGAAAAUGAACAAUUGAAAAAAGUAUCAGGAAUACUCACUAGUGAGAAAAUGGCAAAUAUUGAAGAAGAAAAUGAAAAAUUAAAGACUGAAUUAGAAAAGCUUAAAGCUCACUUUGGACGUCAGUUGAGUAUACAAUAUGAAUCCAAGAACAGAGGCACAGAGAGAAUUAUUGCUGAAAAUGAACGGCUUCGGAAAGAACUUAAGAAAGAAAUGGAAGCUUCAGAGAAUCUGAGGAUAGCUAAGAACAACUUAGAGCUGGUCAAUGACAAGAUGGCGCUUCAACUAGAAGAGACUGCAAAGAAAUUGCAGUUUGCAGAAAGUAGAGGGCCACAGCUGGAAGGUGCAGACAGCGAGAGCUGGAAGUCAAUUGUGGUUACAAGAAUGUAUGAGACCAAGAUAAAAGAGUUUGAAAGUGAUAUUGCCAAAAAGAAUCAAAGCAUUAUUGACCUUAAACAGCUUGUUCGAGAAGCAACACAGAGAGAACAAAAAGCUAAGAAACACACAGAAGAUCUUGAACAACAGAUUGAGAUCCUCAAAACCCUUCCUGAAGGUGUGGAGACAGAUCAAGGGCUUAUCCAGGAACUCCAGCUCCUUAGAUUAGCCAACAGUAAGCUGGAUAAAGAAAAGGCAGAACUAAUCCAUCAGGUAGAAGUUAACAAGGACCAAACUGGGGUUGAAAGCAGCGCACCUGAUUCUGAUCAACUAAAGGAAAAGGUAAAUGACCUGGAGGCAGAACUCAGAAAGUCAGACCUAGACAAGGAACAGUUGAAGGAGGAAAUUAAAAAGCUGAAGAAAGAACUGGAAAAUUUUGAUCCUUCAUUUUUUGAAGAAAUUGAAGACCUGAAGUAUAAUUAUAAGGAAGAAGUGAAAAAAAAUAUUCUAUUAGAAGAGAAGUUAAAAAAACUUUCUGAACAAUUUGGAUUUGAAUUAUCUAGCCCUGUUGCUGCUUCUGAAGAGCUGGAAGAUGGAGAAAGUCCUAAUAAUUUCCCUAUUUAUUAAAGACCCAUUUAACUGUAGUUUAAAAUUAUUUUGCAAGUUAAAAAACUUUCAGCUACCUGGAAAUCAAGCAGUCUCUGAACUACAGAAUUCACAUGUCAAAAUACUGUAUUUUUGCUUAAAAAUAAAAAAUCAUAUUUAGUUUUAACUUGGUAGAAAAGUAUAUUUUUGAAGAUGUGAAUACUUUAUGACUAUACAGUACACAAUGAGCUAUGAUAGAUAUUACUAUUUUCAUGUCUUAAAUUUUCUAAAAGCAUAAAGGUAAGCUUAUAACAAUUUACCAUUUAAAAUUGAAGUUUCAGGUGUAAUUAUAAUUAUUUUUGUGUUAAGAUAUUCAAAUCCUGUGAUU